GUUGGCGAGGCGGCGAUGAUGCGUCCACUGCCGAGGUCCCCGAAGAGCGACGCCCGGGGCGGCGAUGAUGGCCAUAAGCCCCCGCCCCGCCCCACACAGUACAGUGGGGACCCGCAUCAAGACCCCAGGCGCGUUGAUUUUUUGUUGGCCCAAGGAAGCUGUCCAAGGUCCACGAUUAUAGAAUAAUUUUGAAACUGACCGCACGUUCACUUCACAUCCAGACACAUUGAGAUUUUGGCGAUGACGCGGAUGGCCGCUGUCUUGAUUCCGCUCGCGGCGUUGAGGGCCGCCGCGAUCAGCCUGACGGCGAGCGCCGUGUGCAAGACUGCAGUGGAUUGCUCCUUGGGCGGCAAGUGCGUAGAGGGCAGGUGCCAGUGCUAUCCCAUAUGGCAGGGGGCUAAGUGCGAGAUGCUGGCCAUCGGAGAGGCGAGCAACGUUAGCACCAACGGGUACCGCAACCCGGAGGGGGCCAGCUGGGGGGGGAGCGUCAUCCGUGCCGACGACGGGUCCUACCACAUGUUCGUAUCAUUCAUCAGUCGGGAUUGCGGUCUGAACAGCUGGAAGUUCAAUUCGGUGAUCCACCACGCUGUCUCUGCGAACCCGGACGGACCAUACAGCUUCAAGGAUGAGGUGCUCUCCGAGUUUGCCCACAACCCGACAAUCACCAGAGCACCUGAUGGGACAUACCUGCUCUACCACAUCGGAGAGACCCUCUCCGCUGACGAGCGCUCGCUCUACCUGAGGGACUGCAGGAAAGGGCGACAUGCUGAACCUAAGCGGUCGGCCAACAGCGGGGGCCCCGCGAAUUUCGACGGCCGCAUCCGCAUCGCUUUCUCCAAGUCGCUCGACGGGCCUUGGGACCUUCUGAACAAUGGCAAGCCGAUCAUGCGGCCCCGAGGGGGCGAGCACUGGGACACGGCUGUCACGAACCCGGCCCCGCUCAUGCUCAAGAAUGGUUCGGUGUUUCUGUAUUACCGCGGAGACGACCGCUUCCAUCCCGAUUUCACAGGCAAGCGCCAUCGCAAGAUCGGAGCAUUUUUCGCCCAGUCAUGGAGAGGCCCAUACCACCGCAUCCGCGACACUCCGAUCACGCCCAGCGGGGAGGAUCCAGUCGUGUUCGCGAACUCCGACGGCUCUGGCUACCACAUGAUCUUCGAGAACAAGUUCAAGGGGAUUGUGGGCCAGCACGCGUUCUCGGUCGACGGGAAGUUCUGGCAAAUCGUCGAGGACCCGGCGUACGACCUGCUGGCGAGCUGGGACGGUGGAUCCAGCACCAAGCUGGAGCGCCGCGAACGGCCCCAGUUUCUGCUCGACGAGCACGGGGAACCGCUCUACUUGUUCAACGCCGUGCAGGGCUCCCGGAGCCGUGGGGAGGGCCGCAGUGCUGUCCAGAGUACCUGGACAAUGGCAGCGCCGCUCGGCUUUCGGCUCCCGAUGGCCUCCGGCACCCCGCCGCGGCGCCCAGAGAUCGAGACGGCCACAGAGUAGAGUGCCUUUCUCAAAGAAGAGCUAGCUGUAAACAUAACUUCAGGCGCUCCGCGCGGAUUUUUGUUCGUUCCGCGCCUGGGCCCUCCCGGCGGCGCCUCUGGCGCCGCCCCGGCGCGCCAGGGAGGGGGGUCCCAGAGCGAAUCCAAGAAAUCCGCGCGGAGCCUCAAAAGUUUAUGUUCAUGUGUUUUGCUCUUUUUCUACUCUCGCCUCCCCCCGCCUAACCAACCUGGUUUCCCUUCGGCAUGGACUGCUAUUAUGACCAGUACGCUGCCUGCUGUUAUUCCCCAGGAUAGUAUAUCGUGAGCGCCUGCUCUUACCCCCCAGCAGACUGUUUGGGUUGCUGCUGCGCGCAGGGCUGCAGGUAUCGUUUUGAGCGACGUGUUGUAAGGACGUGUCGAGUCUAAUCUCGUCUCCCGUGAGCGAAAAGUUUGAACAAAAAAAGUUUCCAGGCGCACUUCCUUCAAGCAGUGGCGAAGACGGUCGUUCCCUACUCAAUUCCCGCGGGCAUCCUGGUUUUGUUCGUUCCGAGCGCUGCGCGGCGACUCCCUGCUGCUGUCAAGACAGCUGCUGCGCUCGGGGUGUUCAGGUGAAACAUCACAACUGCUGUGGCGUCUAC